CCUGCUGGUUACACUACAGGAAAAAAUCAAGGGGUCACCAAAGUAGGAUUCAUCCUUUGGGCACCAUCAAUGUCUGUACAACACUGAACAGUAAUUCACUGGCAGACCAACAUUACCAUCCCAACUGCCAUGCUGCUAUAUGGUUACCCGGCUGAAUUUAUUCCACUGCAGGGGGGGAGGCAAGAUGGGCUCCCUGGACAGCCCAGUGCACCUACGAUGGUUCAGUACACCACUGUGAACAUCACCGCUGAGCCCCCCCCGGACCACAUCAUCUGGUCCCUCUGCUGCUUUGUCUACUCAAACCCUCUCUGUCUCGGACUGGCAGCACUCAUCUUCUCGUUCAAGGCCAGAGACCGAAAGUUGGCUGGAGACCUGGAGGGUGCCAGAAACUACGGCUCCACUGCCCGCUUACUCAACAUCGUGUCCACUGUGCUGGCUGCCGUCAUGAUUCUUAUUGUUAUUAUUACAGUUAUUGUAUUGUGUGUAGAAGCGAAUAGGUACACAUACCAAUACCGCAGCAACUAUUACAGAUAUUAAAAAAAAUGGCAUAAUUUCAAAUAGUGUUAGAGUUGCCUGCUGCUGUGGCUUGGUGAUACUUGUGGUUCUCUGCUUAACGCACAUGGCACAGUUUGUAACUUUUUAUGCCCUUUUACUUAUACCCUUGAGCAAAACAGACACUUAACAUUCAUUGGUGUUAAAAAGUCCUAAAUGUAACUCCACAUUUCCUUAACAGCAGCCUGUAGUCAAGUUUGAAUGCAAGACUUUGUUAUUAAAGUCAGAUUUCCUGUCAGGGAGGUCUGCA